CCCAGCUUUUUAUCGAACUACAAAGUUUAGAAUCCACCUGAGAGAUAAAUUAAACAUUUAUCAAACCAACGAAACAUAGAUCUUUGUACUUACUAUACUUCACCUUAUCCAGUUUUAUUUUUUUAUUUAUAAAGAGUUUUCAACAAUGACCUCAUUUUCUACCUUUUCUGAACUGUUGGGCUCCGAGCAUGAGUCUCCGGUUACAUUAGGCGAAGAGUAUUGUCCGAAGCUGGCCGCAAGCUGUCCGAAGAAACCAGCCGGCCGGAAGAAGUUUCGAGAGACGCGUCACCCAGUUUACAGAGGAGUUCGUCUGAGAAACUCAGGUAAGUGGGUGUGUGAAGUGAGGGAGCCAAACAAGAAAUCUAGGAUUUGGCUCGGUACUUUCCUAACAGCCGAGAUCGCAGCCCGUGCUCACGACGUCGCCGCCAUAGCCCUCCGCGGCAAAUCAGCUUGUCUCAAUUUUGCCGACUCCGCUUGGCGGCUCCGUAUCCCGGAGACAACAUGCCCCAAGGAGAUUCAGAAGGCGGCUGCUGAAGCCGCGGUGGCUUUUAAGGCUGAGAUAAAUAAUACGACGGCGGAUCAUGGCAUUGACGUGGAGGAGACGAUCGUUGAGGCUAUUUUCACGGAGGAAAACAACGAUGGUUUUUAUAUGGACGAGGAGGAGUCCAUGUUCGGGAUGCCGGCCUUGUUGGCUAGUAUGGCUGAAGGAAUGCUUUUGCCGCCUCCGUCCGUACAAUUCGGACAUACCUAUGACUUUAACGGAGAUGCUGACGUGUCCCUUUGGAGUUAUUAGUACAAAGAUUUUUUAUUUCCAUUUUUGGUAUAAUACUUCUUUUUGAUUUUCGGAUUCUACCUUUUUAUGGGUAUCAUUUUUUUUUUAGGUAACGUGGAAGCUGAGUGUAAAUGUUUGAACAAUUGUGUUAUAAAAUGCUAGUAUUUUUGUGUGCAGCAUAAUCAUCUUAUUCUUUUGUCAAAAAAAAAAAAGCAUAAUCAUCUUAUUGGCUCUCCUAUGCAAGAAAGAAAUUUCAGUUUGAUGACUUUGAACCAACAAAAAAAAUUCUGACUUCCGAGACAUCUAAAAAUAAUAAAAGUUUAUCUCA